UCUAUUCAUGUUCAAAUGCGCACUUUCUCUCUCAACAAAACAGUUUCCGCUCUUUCUCUCUCUACUUUCUCUCUCUAGAAAUGGGAACUGCAAUUCUUCGUUCCCACGAUUGCCUUCGAGGCCAGUUCCUCCCAAACGAUGCCUUCGCCAUCGCAACCUCUCACGUCAAAUCACGGAAAAACUCCAUCCCUAACCCUAAUUUCAAUUCCCAUGCCAACCAGAACCGCCGCCGGAAGCGGAGUCCGGUGGCCGCCGUUCAGGCCAAGUGUCAAGACCGUGACCGGAGACGUUCCGGCGAUCGAUCGUCGCCUCCGGCGAAGUCUCCGAACGCCGCGAAUCUCGUCAUGGAAAAGGUUAAGAUCCUCAAAAGAGGCGAGAAGUUGAGCCCGGAGAAUAUCCCCGGAGGACUCGCCGCGGUGAACCACAAGGUUAAGAACGAGGAGGAGGAUCUCGAUUUGAUGUUGUGCUCGACGGAUCGGCUUGGUCCGGAUCCGGUGACCGUGGAGGAGCAGGUUAGGGUUUGUGAUUCGAAGGACGGGAUGUAUGCCGGAUCGGCGUUUGUCUCGUCUCCGCCUCCGAGCUCCGUUCCGGUUCCGUUGUUUUUGUGGAAGAACGGAGCGGCGACGGCGACGAGUGAUUUGAGGCGGUUGCUGCGGCUUGAUUUGGAAUGAUGCUUCGUUGUUUGGAGUUUCUGAGUACUUUUCUCCUUAAUUAGGUUUACUCGCAUGGUCCUUGACGUGCUUCCUUUAUUUUUUCAAGAGGAUUGACGUUUGGCGCGAGUGUAUGAAGAAAUUUGAAAGUGAAGCGAAGAUUGUUAGAAUGAUGAAGAUGUGAUGAUGUUCAGUUCCUGUAAGGGGGCGUAGUCAGUUAGGUACUAGUGUUAGUUCAUACGUUGAUGACAGAAGGGUUAGAAGAGGAGAAUGAAUCUCUUGUAAAUUCCCCUAGUCUGAUAUACGUGAAUCGAUCUAGUAUUGUCUAGUCUAGUGUAGGUGUGGGAUUUCCAUAUGGAAGAAGAUAGUUUGGUGUGUGUUGUGUUUAUCAGGCUUUUGUUUGAUUUGUUCUUGUCAUACAAGUUUAGUUGUGAAAUUUAAUUCCAAUAGAAUAAAAUUUGUAGAAUUAGCAGCA